CGAUAGAGAGACUUAUGGCACCAUGGUGUGCCCAGCGUGCAAAAGGGCCUGGUUCCACCGGGACUGCAUCCAGGGACAGGCCUUGCGCGCUGGUCUUUUAUGCCUCCACUGCCCCCUCUGCAGAGACAUUAGAGCAUUUCUUCCCCGAAUGUUCAUCAUGGGGAUCCGAGUCCCCUUCAGACAGCCAACAUGGGAGGACAACGAUUCCUUUGCUGAAUUAGGAGAGAGGCACAGCCGGUGCAAUGCCAGAGAGUGCCAUUAUCCAGGAGGCAGGGAGGAGGCAGAGGAAGAGGGGUAAGUCGGGAAGCUGCACCCCGUCUCGGCAAGGGCUCAAAGGAGAAGGAACCAGAAGAGCUCAGCCGGACAAUCCCGAGCUGUGGAGACUUUGCCUUCAGUGCCAUGAACCUGUUUGCUUUCCCAGGCCCUGGGAACUGCUCCUGUGCUCCUCCUGCGCUGCUGAGGGCAGCCACCGGCGCUGCUCCGGCCUGAGAAACGGCACAGCCAGCUGGGAGUGUGACAGCUGUGCUGGUCUGGGCACGGCCUCCAGCCAUGAGGCAGAGUUCAACGGCCCCAGCCCGACCAGCCAGUCAGGACUGGAGCCGGCCCAUGGCUCCGCAGAAUCCGAGGCCAUCAGCCACAGCUCUGGCAGCCCGGUGCCAUCAGGUCUGUCUCCUCCAUCUCCAUCUCGAGAGAGCAGAAAACGCAGCAGCACCACCCAUGCAGCACUGGAGCCAUUGCUGGAACCUUCCUCGCUGGAGAGCAGCAGCCCUGGCACAGAAAGUGAGGCAACAUCAGGGUCAUCAGACAGCAGCUCCCCAGACCCUGAGGACGGCAGCCGUCCUAAAAGUCCUGGACCUGACCAUAGGCAAAGCCGCUCUCGCCAGCAACAUUGGGCCCUGAAUCGAACUGUCCGGUCGAGGAGUCGCCGAGACAGAAACCACAGGACAGGAGCAAGGGCUGAGAGGCCCAGGUGCAGGGGGACACCAUCAGAGACAUCCCCCAGACGCAGCCGCUCUUGGCAACAAGGUCCGGCCCCAAAUCCACCUGUCCGGUCGAGGAGUUGCCGAGACAGGAGCCGCAGGACAGGACCAAGUGCUGAGAGGCCCAGGCGCAGGGGGACACCAUCAGAGGCAUCCCCCCGACGCAACCGCUCUCGCCAGCAAGGUCCGGCCCCAAAUCCACCUGUCCGGUCGAGGAGUCGCCGAGACAGGAGCCACAGGACAGGAGCAAGGGCUGAGAGGCCCAGGUGCAGGGGGACACCAUCAGAGACAUCCCCCAGAUGCAACCGCUCUCGGCAACAAGGUCCGGCCCCAAAUCCACCUGUCCGGUCGAGGAGUCGCCGAGACAGGAGCCACAGGACAGGAGCAAGGGCUGAGAGGCCCAGGUGCAGGGGGACACCAUCAGAGACAUCCCCCAGAUGCAACCGCUCUCGGCAACAAGGUCCGGCCCCAAAUCCACCUGUCCGGUCGAGGAGUCGCCGAGACAGGAGCCACAGGACAGGACCAGGUGCUGAGAGGCCCAGGUGUAGGGAGACAUCAUCGGGGACAUCCCCCCGACGCAGCCGCUCCCGCCAGCAAGGUCCGGCCCCAAAUCCACCUGUCCGGUCGAGGAAUCGCCGUGACGGGGGCCACAGGACAGCAGCAAGUGCUGAGAGGCCCAGGCGGAGGGAGACAUCAUCAGGGACAUCCACCAGGAGCAACCGCUCCCGCCAGCGACGUCGCGCCUCAACUCAGACCUCGAAAAGCAGCAUGUAGUGUCAUCUUUUCUUUCUAGUCCUCCUGUUCUCUGCCAAAAGUGAAGGUGAGGAAGGUCAAUACAGGGACCUUGAGAUUUGCAGGUCUCUGAGAAAAGCGUAUUAGCUCUUGACAUUGCUAUUGGCAGGAAAGAAAUCUGUGCUAAAUACCUGGAUUUCUAUGUUACCACGUAUUAAGUGAGCAGUCACUUAAGGGUGUGGCUAAUUAAAAAUGGACACUUGUUCCUGCCUUUAGACUCAAACCUCAGAUGUUUCCCCACUGCUUCCCCUUGAUAGGGAACCACUCCUUAAUGGGUUUGGAUACAUUUAGGGAGACACCAAGAGCAAGGAGGCUCUUAGGGAAGCUGUCUUUGAAAAGGACAUGUGCUGUGUUGCUAUCCUUGAACAAUCUGAUUUCAGGAAAGCCAAAAGGAAGAAGAAAGAAGAGAGUGAGACAUUGCCUCAAGUGUCUGAAGACAUCGAUCGCGAUAUUGCUGCUGAUUUAAGAGACUUGUUUGGACUUUCAAAGAACAAACCAGAAAAAACGGAGGACUAUUGCUGCUGAUUUUAAAGACUUGUUUGGACUUUCAAAGAACAAACCAGAAAAAACUGAG